UUGCGUGGGACGAGAAUUUUGCUGCCCCUCUGGAGUGUGACAGAGGCUCUUGGCUGGGCAUCGAGUGGGAAAGUGAGCGUGUCGAGGUUGAGGAGAUGUGAAAACCUCAAGACUGGGCCAAAGAAUUCACCAUUUCGACUGUCUCUUUCAGGUCCCCUGUACCAUCUUGGAUGUUCAUAUGAGCAAGACCUCUUUUCCCAUCUCUGCACAGAUCAUCCUGUGAAUGCUAAACCUCCAAGGGUUGUGAAGGCUUGUCCAUAAACGUCCUCACUUAGACAGUCAAAGCCGGCAUCUGGAGCUGACGCGCAGAGGGCAGACGAGGACUAACUGGACUGCAGGACUGUAAGACCACAGGACCGCCAGUGAGUCAUGGCAGCGGCACACAUAGUGGGCACCUUUGCGGUGUGGGACUAUGUUGUGUUUGCACUGAUGCUGCUGGUGUCGGCUGCUGUGGGGGUGUACUGUGCCAUGUCAGGGGGUGGACAGCAGAGCUCCCAGGACUUCCUGAUGGGUGGCCGUAAAAUGACUGCUGUACCCGUUGCUUUGUCUCUGACGGCCACCUUUAUGUCUGCCAUCACUGUGCUGGCCACACCGUCUGAAGUGUACCAGUAUGGGGCAAUGUUCAUUCUCUUCACCCUCUCCUACUCCCUCAUGGUUUUUGUCACCUCGGAGGUCUUCCUGCCCAUCUUCUACAGACUGGGAGUAACUAGCACUUAUGAGUACUUGGAGAUGCGGUUCAGCAGAGCGGUCCGUUUGUGCGGGACUGUGCUGUUCAUCUUUCAGACAGUGCUGUACACGGGGAUCGUCAUCUAUGUCCCAGCUCUGGCGUUAAAACAAGUCACUGGUUUUGAUCUGUGGGGUGCUGUGAUGUCAACAGGAAUUGUCUGCACCUUCUACUGCUCACUGGGGGGCCUGAAAGCUGUGGUCUGGACUGACGUCUUCCAGCUGGCCACCAUGAUGGCUGGGUUUCUUGUAGUCAUCAUCCGAGCUGUGUUGCUCCAUGGCGGCUUCUCUGUCAUCAUUGACGACUCACAGAAAGGAGGGAGGCUGAACCUGUGGGACUUCGACCCCAAUCCUUUUAAGAGACACACCUUCUGGACCAUCACUUUUGGAGGAGCCUUCGUCUGGAUCGGGAUCUACGGGGUCAGUCAAGCUCAGGUGCAGAGAUACGUGUCAUGCAAGUCCCUGAACCACGCCAGAACGUCUCUGUAUCUGAACCUUGUGGGUCUCUGGGCCAUCCUCCUGUGCGCAGUAUUUUCCGGGCUGUGCCUGUACGCUAUCUACCAGGACUGUGACCCCUGGACAGCUGGACUGAUCUCAGCUCCAGAUCAGUUAAUGCCUUACCUGGUGAUGGACAUCCUGAGGGACUAUCCUGGCCUUCCUGGACUUUUUGUGGCUGCUGCAUUCAGUGGGACACUGAGCACUGUGUCCUCCAGUAUAAAUGCUUUGGCAGCUGUGACCGUUGAAGACCUGGUUAAACCGUAUAUCAGCAUGUCUGACAGAAAGCUGUCCUGGAUCUCCAAAGGGCUGAGCCUUUUCUAUGGAGCUGUGUGCAUCGGGAUGGCUGCCAUCGCCUCUCUGCUGGGGGGGCUUCUGGAGGCAGCAUUAAGUAUCUUUGGUAUCAUUGGAGGACCUCUUGUUGGUCUCUUCUCUCUGGGUAUCUUCUGCCCCUUUGCCAACUCCACAGGAGGCUUGGUGGGUCUUUUCAGUGGCCUGGGCCUUUCCCUGUGGUUGGGGAUUUGGGGCCAGUUGUAUCCCCCGUACCACAGCGAGCCCCUGAGCCUGAGCACCGCAGGAUGUAACUUCACCGUGAACCCAGGGGGGCAAAACUGGACACAGAGCUUGGUGCACUCACCUCUUACCACCAAAGCAGCCCUAGAGGAAAAGGAAUACAGCGCUCAAUUGGUUGAUGGCUGGUACUCACUGUCCUACCUGUACUUCAGCCCAGCGGGGGCUAUUACUGUGUUCGCUGUGGGAGUUAUUAUGAGCUUGCUGACAGGUGGGAAGAAACUAAAACUGGCACCAGAGCUAAGGUUGAUGAAGGAGGACUUGACCUGCUACUGCUUAUACAACAUCUUUAAACAGAAGGCAAUGAAUCAUGGAGGGGAGUUGGACUUGAAGAAAUGCAGAGAGAUUGGGUUAGGAACAAACAACCCUGCAUUCUGCAGCUCUGAGCUGGAUCUGACUCAGAGGAAAGCUGAAUCAAAUAUCAGCAGCAUCUUUUCACCUUGACUGGUGGCUGGUGGCAUUUCUCAGAUGCACUUUCCUCCAUCCUUUCCUCACAACUACAGGAGGAAUAAUAAUUAUAAUUAAAUAAUCAUUAUAAUUAUAAUUAUUAUAAUAAU